CUCGAGACGCGGGCCUCCGACCUCUCGACCACUUCCCUAGGACCUGCUUUUCAUCCCGAGUCGUUUCUGUAUUUUUCCGAGGCGUGUAUCUCGGCCCGUAGAGGCCGAAAACCAAGAAUCACCGUCGUCUCCCAAUUUUUCUCGAGACGCCGGCUGUAUGGGGAAGGCCCUCGCGGGCCGCUCGCCGCGCCAGCAGCGGGUGACAGCCCGCGGCGGGCCGCUGGUCGCGCCGGCCGCGGGCGCGGCAACCUCUGCGUUUGCCGCGUGGUAGCCCCAGCCGAUCCACGCGUGGCGGCCGGAGUCGGGCCGAGGGCCCGGCGGGGCAGCGGAGCCGCAUGAAGGUGCGGCUGACCUCCACUGGGGCGGAGGGCUGGUCGCUUGAGGUGGAGCUGCAGAGGGGCGCCACCGUGAGGGAGCUCAAGGAGACCCUGGCGGGCGCCCCCCACCUCCUGGAGCUCGGAGCGAGCUCGAAGCUCCUGGCCAGGCUGGCGACGGGCCUGCUGGUCACCGUGCCAGACUCGGCUGGCGUCAAGAAGGAGAUGGUCGUCCACGGGAUGCCGCCCCAAGGCCGGGACGCUGUGGACUCGCGAGGUCCCGGGGCCGGCCUGGCCCUGGAGACGCCCUCGGACGUUGUCUCCUGUGGCCUGAGCUGGAUUGCCGACGCCAGGCACCUGCCAUGGGCCUGGUGCGCGGCCGCGCCGGACAGAGGCCUGGACCGCGUGCGGGCGGCCAUGCUGCUCGACGACGCCCUGGAGCAGAUCGCGCACGAGCCAGUGCAGCAGAGGCUCGACCUGCUGUUCGCGCGCUGCCCGCAGGGGGAGUGCCAGCUGCAGCCGGGUCCGUCGGGCCUGCCCCGCCUGCACGAGCUGGUCAGGCUGGUGUCGGGCCUCCUCGCGGAGGCCCUCGCGCCGAUGCUGGAGAGGUGGAGGGGGAAGCUGUCGGAGGGCCUGCAGGGGCUGCUGGACAUGCACCGCCUGGUGCAGCCCCACGCCGAGCACGAGGAGGUCGCCGCCCGCCUCGAGCAGCUGCAGCAGAGCGUGUGGACCGGGGGGGCGGAGGCCGAGGAGGCGCAGGCCGGGCGCCGCGGGGGCCCGCGGCGCCGGCGGCAGGCGCUGCUCGCCAUGCCGUGCACGCUGUUCCUGGCGUACGCCUUCCACUGGGCGCUGCCGCCGCUGGAGCGGCGCCUGAGCUCUGGCGCGCGGGCCAUCGCGUUCCUGGAGGCCCUCCUCCGCGAACACGGGCGCGGCCUGGGGGCCAUGUGGCCGAGGUCGCGGCACGGCCGCCCGCGGCCGCUCGUCGUCUGGGUGCUCGGCGGCUCGGAGGCCUGCGAGGGCCGGCUGGCCCGCGCGGGCUACUUCGAGGACGCGGCUGGGCUGCUGGGGCAGGGCUGGCCCGUGAUGUGCAUGGACUUGGUCUUCGUGGGCACCCGCAGGUGGGAGGGCCUGCCGUGUGGCCGGCGGGCGCGCGCGAGCUCGGUGGUGGAGCCCUUGGCCGAGGGCGCGCCGCCGCCGGACCUGGCCGUGCUCCUGAACCCCGGGCUGGGCGAGCUCGACGAGGCGGGCGCGCGGGCGCUGGACUCCCUGCUGCCCCAGAUCGGGCCGCUCCUCGACGGCAGCGUCUGCUCCGAGGGCGGAGGCGCUCCCUGCGUCGCCACCACGAGCCGCUGCGAGGAGGUGGCCGUGGGCGAGCGGGCGCUCUUCGAGCGGCUGGGCGCCAGCAUCGUGCUGGGCCCCGUGCGGAACCUGUUCUCGGGGGCCGCCGCGGCGCCCGCGGCGCGCUACGACGACAACGGCUGGGCGGUGGUCGCGCGAGGCCGCGGCGGGACGCCGCGCCCGGGGAGCGGCGCCGAGGUGGCCAGGAGCGCCGCCUACUAUAUGUUCGGGUCGGACGCCGCCGCGCGCGCGGCGCCGGGCGGCGGCCACUCCGCCGGGGAGGGCCUGUCGGAGUUCUCGGGCCACGGCGCAGCCAUCAAGGAGAGCCUCCGGCUGAGCGCGGCGAGGGGCGACUGCGCGGGCGACGAGCCGGGGGAGGCGCCGCAGCGAGCGAUGCUCGUGGAGAACAAGAGGCUCACCCACGAUGCCUUCCGCGACGGGGGCUACGAGCAUCUCCUGCCCAGGCAGCUGUGCCUGCCCCGGGUCUACACCGCCGCGCUUGCGCGGGAGAUCGUCGAGGGCCUGCACCUGGGCUGGCGCGACGCGUGCGUCCUGAAGCUCUGCAACCGAGCGCGGGGCGCGGGCUGCGUGCCGCUGCGCUGCUCGGAGCUCGACGAGGCCCUGAGGCUGCUCCUCUCACCGCCGGACAUCACCCAGGAGUGGCUGAGGGAGCAGCACCCGCGUUUCUCCCGGGCCUGCUCUUGGGGCUGCUUCGAGGAGCAGCUGAGGCACUGGUGGUCUAACGAAUGCCCGGUGUUCGUCGCGGAGCCGUGCCACCGCUCCGUUCUCACGGAGAAGGACGGCCGGGGCUUCGAUGGGACCUUGCGCCUGGGCUUCGCGCUCCACCGUAUCGAGGGGGCAGAAGGGGGGGACGAGCUUGAGGUGAUGACGGAGAACGGCCCCUGGCGCGGCAGGCGAGCCCGCCAGGCUUCCCUGGAUCUAGCGGGCCGCCCUGGGGAACGUGCGCUCUCCAGCACCGAGAUGAGGAGGUGGUUUGGCGCCCAGGAGUCAGGGGCUCUGGUGCUCGAGUGGCUCGGGGGCUACUGGAAGCUGCCCGAGGAGGACGUCACGUCUCCAGAUCUGCGAGGCAGGGUGGUCAGCAAGGCUCGGCAAGGCACUGCACCUGUCAGCGGCGCGCACUUGCACGAGGUCUACGCCGCCGUUGGCGACGCCGUUGAGAACGCGUUCGGAGCCAGCGGGAUGGGCGUGCAGCAGCUGAGGCAGAGGUAUCCAGAGGCCCGCGAGCUCUGUGCCUUCCUGACGGCCAGGCUGGCGUGCACCGUUCGUGGGCGCGAGCCAGGCAGAGGCAGAAUGCUGCUGAAGCUGGCCGACGAGUACAACAGCAGAGGCAGUGGUUGGCCACAGAGAUACGUGAAAUCUUACAUCGAGAGGAGCCUCGGAAUCUUUGAGGCCCUGAGGGGCCGCUGGGACGAGGCCGACGGCUGCUUCGAGAGGUCUCUGGCCGCCAUGCCGACGAACGCCACUGCUAAGUAUCUGCGUGGCAUGUCGUCGCUGGAAGCAGGCGACUUCAGAGCCGCUGUGAGCUGGAUGGAGGCCUGUCUGCAGUUGGACCCAGACUUCAAGGCGCCUUACGUCAACAUCGCUGUCGCCCAUCUGAGCUUGCGGGACUGGGAGUCGGCUGCCGAGGCGAGCCAAGCCGGCCUGGGCCGUCACCCAGGCACGCCUCAGUGCCUGUACAACUUGGGCCUCGCGCUCUUCUGGACCGCGCUGGAGGCGGAGGAGGCUGGCCACUUCUCCCCACACCCGCUGAGACAGGGCGCUCUCGACAGCCUCCAGGCAGCGCGCGAUUGCCCGGAGAAGAGAGCCGCGCAGUGGACAGAGGCCGACGACAAGCUGCUGUGGGAGCUGCGCUUCCGAGAGUCCACCAUGCAUCGCCCUCUGAAGUGGGGCGGCUGGAAGUAUUACGCUUGGCGGCCCUGA